AUGAUGCAUUCCACAUCUACUCCGUGGCUUCAAGCCUUGUCCUCACAUGAUUCAACAUCUACCUCAGGCUACUCUUCCAUGAUGGCUUUCAACCCGGUUUAUCCCACCCUGAAUCCUCCUCCCUCACUGUCACUAUCAGCCACAUCAAACCAGACCACAAAUCCGGUCCUGUUCCCUCAGUCCGAAUCAGUGCCUACUUCAAAUUCAUCCGUUUCCGGUAACGGCUCAUCUCCUUUUCUUCCAUCGACGGUUAACAGUAGUAUGCUUCCACAAUUGAACACAGUCGGUGCUGGAGGAUAUUACGGCUUCGAUCCGGAUCCACUUUCCAGCAACCCCGUAUCGUCUACCAACCCUUGGUAUCCAAUGGUUUCAACCUUGGAUCCUUCAUUAGCCUCGGGAGUUGCCACUUCCAUCCGGUCGUCCAAUGCUGGAUCGACACACGUCCGACCUGCCACUAUCUACACAACUUCAUCGGUAACAUCCGUUUCCGAAACCGAGAUGGCCAAGGGAACUAUUUCUGAGGUGCGUGAAUUUGUUUUGUGGUUCGCAGUGUUCGGCACAACCAGUUCGUCCUCCAUCGUUUUUGCUAUCGUUGAUUUGUUCCAUGUGUUGUGCAAUAUAUUCCAUUCUGUACCUCACAUGCCACGCCAUCCACCUCACGAUCAUAUCGAAAAACUUUCCAUGAAUGUGGAUACUUUUCGUUCCUGUAUGAAAGCGCAUCUACAAACAGCGCCCCUCAGUCCUGCCGAUUGGUCACAAACGAUGACCACUGACUCAUUUGUCAAUAUGGACAGUCGGGGUCGACCAACUUCACCCGGUCGCUUAACUUCAGAUGUUUCUUCGGCCCACUUGCUUCUGCCCUGCGGUGUUAGUAACGGUGCUAGUGGUGGUGGUAGUGGUGUUUCUGCCGCCGCUGGUCUGUAUGAUAUGACCGAUAUGGUAGGUCGAUUCGACGUUGGGGCACCACCACUCUAUCAUCACAUUUCCUCGGAUUCUUGUUCGUCCAAUUCGGAAUGCUAUUACGGCACACCGUUCUCCACGGGCAACAACAACCUCAUUCCCGGAUUUUUACCACCAGACCAGUUCACCACGUAUGAUGAACGCUUCUCGUCUGCCUCUUCCACAUGGUCCUCACCGGCCGUGUUAUCGUCACUUAACAGUGCUGCGCCCCCCCCCACCCCGAAUUUGCUGAUCCCCGUGGUUGCUUUGAUCCGCGAGCAUGCCACUGUUUGCAGUCCGACAAUGUGCUUCUCCACGUUGUCCCCAUUCCGUCCAUUUCCAAUUGUUUUCACCCGUGUGUUAAAAAUUGUUUUGGUGGAACGGAUUGUCUGUGAAUUCCGGGGCACACCGCUAUCUGAUCUGUACAAGCAGAGCACUCACGAGAGACCUCCGCAUAUUUUAACCUCCCUUCUCCGUUACGCACAAAAUAAGUCGCACAGAAUUCAGGAAAAAAGACACAAUUGGACACAUGCGUAUCCACCUUUGGGGUCCAUCAUAUAUCAUCGGCACAAAUACUACGGUCCAGGCUUAUCCAGCUAA